AUGCUUGAAAUCACAGGAUACCCAACCGUUCAACCUAUACAGCUCAUCUGGCGCAAUGGCCUAGAUGUGGUAGAAGAUCUCUUUGCUAACCCCAUUUUCAUGAAUCAUAUGACAUAUGACCCACACAUUGUGGUUGAUGGAGAUGAGCAUGAGUAUAUUCCGAUAAUUAUUGCAUCUGACAAGACACCUGUGACACAGCACACUGGAGGGCUCGAAAAGCACCCUAUCUUUGUCUCGCUCGCCAACAUCCAGUCUGACGUAUGGAUGAGAGCAACAAGCCACGCUUGGCAAUGUGUUGGCUUCAUGCCGAUUCCAAAAUUUUCUGACGUCCAUAGUGACUAUCAAACUAUUCUGAGUCAAUGGUUAUUCCACAAGUGCAUGGAUAUCAUCUUCGCAGAUGCUAAGGUUGUGGCCAUGGUGGGCAAAUUUAUGCCCAAUCCAUCUGGCCAUGUACAACAUUGCUUCACACCUUUGGUUGCUUACACCGCAGAUUUACCAGAACAGCAAGCUAUAGCAUGCGUCUCAAAGGUCGCCUCUCCUAUCACAUUAGCCACAUCUCAAUCCUUUGGCGACAGCUAUCACCACACACCACGCACAAAGGAGCACACCCUUUCACGAGUAGGAACGCACCAUUUUUCAUCUAGAGUACGUCAGAUGAAACAAAUGACUGGCCGGGAACACCGGGACUUGCAACGCACCUUGGUACCUUCCAUUGCCAGGGUUGUGCCUCCCCAGUUCAUUCACGCAAUUCGCACUUUGAUCGACUUUAUCUAUAAGGCCCAAAGCCCUGUUUACACUGAUAGCUCCAUUGAUUCCAUGCUUUUGCAGAGUUUUGCUGCCUUCACCCAGGAUAUAGGCGCCCUCAUCCAAUGGACUGCAGAUCUUCCUUUUGACAGGACAUCUCGUCAGUCAUGCACCUUUACAGAGCAGAUUGUCGAUAUACUCAACUGCGAGGAAUCAAUGCGGCGAUUUCAGUUGUACCUCUUCCUGCGAAUGCACAACACUCCCCUCACCAACACCAUAGUCACAGAAGAACAAGAAAUCACUGAAACCGACCCUGCUCUUGCAUGGAUUGCCCGCAUUGCACCUGGUGAUCCAAAUCAACGGUGUUUUGUCGGACCUCGUCCGGUUCAGAACCAUUUUCUGAAGGGUAUACUGUCUUCCACUGCGACAACUGCCUUCCACAUUACCGUUGCUCCUGAUCGAGCCAAAAUGUCCAUCAAUGAAGUCCAGCAGCUCUACAUCUGUGAUCGUGGUUGUGUCAAGACAUGGAACAAAUUUCGACUACAGUUACAUUCUGUUUUUCACUUGUGGCUGAUUAUGCCCAGUCAAGUCAUUCAAGCUGCUCCACCAUCACAAACAUUUCCUCUGGGAAAUUAUGAUGCAGUUAUUAUGCAAGUACAACCUAUCAAGAUAGCAAAGAUAGGUGAAGCCGCCAUGCGGCGCAAGAUACCCAUUCUGCCUCGCCACAUCACACUUCCUCAUUACCUCGCAGAUCAACCACUCAUUUAUGUUCAAUAUUAUGAGAUUGUUGGUCAUCCACAUGAUGAUCCUGCCAUCAGCAUGUCUACGGUGGCUCGACAAUAUCACUAUGGGUCUGAUGGUCAGAGGGUGAGAUUGGGCGCAGCCAUCCCUCUCACAGAUGUCACACAUGCGGUAGAGCUUAUCCCUGUGUAUGGCACAGGAGCUGAUUGUAGUGUGAGUGCAGCAAUGAGUAUGGGGGUGUAUGAACACUUUUACCUGAACAAUUUCUCGGACAAGGAGAUAUAUCAUGCAUUGCGCUCAGAUUUGCACUAG